AUGUCGGUCACGCUCGAUCCCCCCGAGCUUGGUUUUCGCCGUCCUUUCACACAUGAAGUUACGCAGCUUCUACGCCUCAGCAAUCCGAGCAAGGAUCCGAUAGCGUUCAAGGUUAAAACUACAGCUCCUAAACAGUAUUGUGUUCGGCCCAAUUCAGGACGCAUUGAAGUCGGCAGCGAGGUUGAGGUGCAAGUUCUCCUCCAGGCGAUGAGAGAAGAUCCUCCACCUGAUGCUAGAUGCCGCGACAAAUUCUUGGUCCAGUCUGUCGCAAUCACGCCAGAGAGAGACUUGGGCAGUGUGACAGCCAUUUGGCAGAAUGUGGAGAAGAUUUCAAAGGGUUCCAUUGAGGAGAGGAAGAUUCGUGUAGUCUUCUUGCCCGCUGAUGGCACGGCGUCUACCCCACAGCACAACAAUGUCAAUGGAAUACAUCUCGGCAACGAAGCACCCCCAGCCUACGGUUCCCCAGCUCCUUCAUAUGGCUCUCCAGCUCCGGAAGCCGUCACCCCAGGCACCCGCUCUGCAAAUGCUGCUGACUCGCAUUCGUUCAACGACAGCAAGACCAUGACCGAGUCUGCCAGCAAUGCAGCAGCGUCAGCGCAAUCUACUGUUGGCGCUGCGGCUUCCAGCGUGGCCAACGCAGUACCCAUGUCUGGCGAUGACGUGCGAGCGCAACUUGCUCAAGCGAAAGCUACUAUUGCGAGGAUGACACAACAGUCCGAAGAGCAAGGUCUAAGGCAGAGGAAGACGGAUGCGGUAAACCAAGACUCUCGAGAGCGUAUCGCGACCGGCACGACCGGUAUGGGAGUUCAACAGCAACCAGCAGAUGGCGUGCCUGUACAGAUCGUUGCGGCUCUGUGCUUGUUGAGCUUCCUUUUAGCUUAUUUCCUUUUCUAG